UUGAUUGUGGUAGCUCAGAAGCAGAACAGAAAGGUCACCACUCCUUGUCGCAUAUCCGUAUCAACUCUAAUUCAACUCAACUCAACUCAGCUCCUUGCCCAUUUUGGAAGCACCGAAAUUCUACCAACACGAUACCGCCAACUAACCGGCCCCACUUCGGGGGACAUUGAAGUCAAUGAAAGCUUCAGGCUGCUUCAUGGCCAGGCUCUUACUGCGCUGCCAGAGCUUACGAUCGUUUGCGGUCCCAAGAGUUUGAACAGGGAACUUGCGUGGUACUCUCUUUCCUUCUACGUGCAAGAUCCGUCCGAGCCGCACAAAUACACGGCGGUGGUGAAAAGUUUUGCCCGCAUAUUUCAUAAGGAUUUCAAGCCCUUUCUUCUGCGAGCCGACCAAGACAAUGACAUGAAGCUCUCGCGUCCUGAAUUCACACAGGCUCUGGAGGUAGGCUUAGAUGAAUUCCAUUCGUCACCUGUUUGUUGA